UAGCAAUGUGUCUUUUCUCCAUUUAAUAACACAUUUCAUAUGUAUACAUAAAUAUGUGUGCUAUUAAAUUUGAUAUGUUCUUUUUGUUGAGGCUAAAAUUUAUUAUAUUUCCACAGAAAGAGCUGGAAAUUAUUGAAAGGGAUAUUGAACACUACUAUAAACAAAUUCUUGGUCCAGGAAUUUCACAGUAUUUUUUUAUAUUCACUGUGUUACAAAAUGACAACAGUUAUAUUGCACAUGCUCAUGAAAAUACUGACAAAUUCUAUAUUUAAAUUUAUAAUUAGUCUUGAAUAACUAAAUAUAUACUUUCUUGAAUCAAAUCUUGACAGUUCCCACAAGGCACUCUCUACGGUUUCAUCCUGAUGGCUUUCAAGAAAUUUGAUUGUUUUCUCAUUUCUUGCUGUCCUAAUUUUUUGCACAACUAUAUUUGAUUCCUCAAUGAUUUAUGUAACCUUAAAUUGCAUUCACUGUACACCUGUCACAGCCAAGAACUGAGUAACAGCUGGGAAAAUCAAAGAGAAUAGAGCAGCAAAAACUUUAGAAAAUCGACUACCCAAUGAGAAAAACCUCUGAGAAAUAGAGGAUUCUUGAUAUAGAAAGCCAUGUAGGUACUUUGUUUACCUCAGGGGCAGUUUCCAAAACAAGUUCUAUAUGCAUCUAUUGUUUGUUUUAGGAAAUGCAGGUAAACUGUCCACUGAUCAGAGCAAUUUGUUCAACAUCAUAAACAUAAUGACACAAGUUGGGCUACAUCCACUAUCACUGCAUGGCACGCAGAGAAACAAAAGGUAGACUAAAUAUGGUCUAUGCUUCAUUCUUUGAAUUCUGCAGCACUGUUUCUUCUGAAUUGUACAUUCAGAACUUUACACCUGAAUUCUGUGACCGUGAUCUCAGGAAACACAAGAGAAACGGGAAAAUUUCAUCGCAUUCAAAGAGAAAUUUGGAUCCCAACAUGAAACUUAAAACGAUCAAGGAUUUAACGUGCACAAAAGCUGCUUGUGAAAUGUGAAUUUCAGCAAAGUUAUAUAGGCCAAAAUUGUAGACAUGAAAAUACAUGUUUUUUAUCUGCCAGAGUAAAGAAAGGCACUUUGGGGCCUUUUAACCAAAUUUUGGUUUCUAUGAACUGAUAAAUAGCUCUCUCCUUCUGACUAUAACCUAGACUUUUCACAUGCAAUUUCUGACCAAAUGAUAUCAUUGUCACACUUACUUAGUCACUAGCCACCAGCGAGCUAGCUAUUUUUUUUUUUUAAAUGCAUGCUUUAUUGUUGAUCUGGUAAGUGUUUCUACUAUGACUGUUUACAGUGAGCGAGACGGGACUCAGAUCUUGGCUAUUAACAUUUUCUAAGGCUGUGAUCUCUGAACAGUUACUUAACCUCCGGGGGGGUCUCAGUUUCUUGAGGAUUAAAAUCAACAAGUAAAUAAAAAGAAUCAUUAGUGGGAAAUCAGGAGAGCAUGUACUUCGUGGGGGUUUCCAGGAGUGUUAAGUUUGUAAACACACAUAAGUGCUGAGAACCAAAGCUGAUGCACAGUAAGCAGUUGGGGAGCCUGCUGUGGCAGCGGGCGGCGGCGAUGAUGAUGAAGAUGCUGAUGAUAACGACGCUGUCAGCAGCUACGACCUGCUCCACCCGCUUGAUUGCGGCUGGGAAUCGGGAUGUCGCUAAAGACCGCCUUCAUCAGCCUCUCGGCGACGGCGGCGGCCGGGGAGCCGCGACGAUCAACGUGGAGAAGCCACGCUCGCAACCCCGGGCCUGGCGCGGGGUAGGGGCGCGGCGCUCGAUUUCCUUCCCUGCCUCCGCCGUCCCCCUGGUGCGCAUGCUCAGCCCUGCUCGGCCUUCGCCUUUGAUUUAUUUUUAUCCCGGCGGCCGCGGCGACCCGGGACUGGCUCCGGGAUGUGAAGUGGAGCCCCCGGAGCUGCAUCUGCGGCGGCGCUGUGAGGAGCAGCCAGGGGGAGGCAGCUGCGGCUCGCCGAAAAUCAGGAAACAGGAUAUCCCUCGGCAGCUGAUCUACAUCGGCCUUCACCUCUUUCACAUUUCUGGAGCUUACCUUCUGUACCUGAAUCAUCUGGGGCUCCUUCUUUUGGUGCUGCACUACUUUGUUGAGCUACUGUCCCACAUGUGCGGCCUGUUUUAUUUUAGCGACGAAAAGUACCAGAAGGGGCUUUCUCUGUGGGCCCUUGUGUUCAUCCUGGGGAGACUGACGACUUUAAUCGUUUCGGUGCUCACUGUUGGGUUUCACCUGGCGGGGUCGCAGACUCGGGAUCCAGACGCCCUGACUGGGAACGUGAACGUGUUGGCCGCUAAAAUCGCGGUGCUGUCGUCCAGUUGCACCAUCCAGGCGUACAUCACGUGGACCUUAAUUACCGUGUGGCUGCAGAGAUGGGUGGAAGAGUCCACCCACCAAACCUCGAACGCCAAGAAGAAAAGGUCCCUGACUAAAGGCAGGUCUUCUAAGAAAGGAGCAGAGAAUGGUGUGGAAUCCGCCAGCAGGGUAGACGCCCUUCCAAAGAGGAAAGAGAAAUCUUCAUGAUGAACUAACUGAUUACCAACCAACUGAUGAAUGCCUCCAAAGGAAUCUGUUCUUCUGUAUUAGAGAUUUUCCUGUUCUUGACAAUUGUUUGUGCUCUGAUUUUUUUUUUCCUUUUACUACUGUACUGCUUAAUAUAUUUUAAAGGCAUUUGAGGGGAUGGUGAUCAUUGUGAAUGGGAACAAAAAUGAUUUUGGCUAAGACUAAGCAAUAUGUAAUCAAAUGCUGUCAAGACAGUUUAGGGAUCACCACCAUAUUUUGUCUUGAGUUUUUUUUUUUUAAACUUUGGAUGUUUUCCUGAUGAUUUAUAGAGAAAACUACAAAAUUCUGCAUAUCAGUGAUAUAAUUUCUUGUUCCCACGAAUCUUUUAUAAUCGUUAACAAGGCAGUUUGUUAUAGCAAGAUCAUAUUUUUAAUGUUCUUUUUCAGGGUAAAUUGGAAAAUACAAGUCAAAUAACUGUUCUCUAAUUGUUAGAUGUUUUCUUUGUUUGUAGAGUUUACAACUGAGAAAAUAUUUGUAAAACCACCCAAAUGACCAUCUGUUUUAUUUAAUAGGUAUUGAUUGCUAGUGCUACAUCUCCAUUAAAAAGUGGAACACUAACAGGUAAUAUGUAUGGAAAUUUAUUGCCAUAUGCAUUGACUCAAACUAUCUUUAAGUAACAUAAAAGUUUGCUGAAGAAGUAACAUAAUUCCUGUCCAUUUUAAACAGUGUUAAAUGGGAACUCGUAAAAUUAAAUGAAUAUCAUACUUAAAAGGUUUCUUUUUUAUGUUUGUUAAAAAUAGUUCUAAGUGAAUUUUCAUAAGUUGGAAAACCACAGAAACUUAGAAAAAUGCUGUUUAACCUGUAAACACUUUUGAAAAAUAAUUUUUGAUUUAUAUGUACAAAAAGAAUUAUACUAAUUACAUUUCAAAAAUAAUAUGCUAACCUUAAAUAAUUUGAAAACCAGAUGAAUAAAUAGUCUUAUGAAAUACUUUUUAAAAACAGUGUUAUAGUCUUGCUUCCAUCUUUAACUGGAAAAUAUUUAUCUUAUAUGAGACGUAUUUUGAAAAUUAUAUGUACAUAUUUGUAUAUACUUUGUAUCUUUAUAGAAGCUAGUAGAAACAGUGAGUUGUAGAAGAUGAGUGUAUUUGUCUCCUCCCAGUCCUCUUUCCAAUUUCAUAUCCAUAAUGCGAAUGUUCAUACAUUUUUAAUGAGAUGGUACUUUAAAAUAGACUAGAAUGUGCCAUGUGUUUCUCAUUCCUCUGUAUUUUCCCUGAUGAUGUCUUAUCUCUAUGCUUUUGAUAUCCUUCUCUUUGUUUUAAGUAAUUCAAUUUUUCCAACUGUGUUUGUUCCCCCAAGGAAAUUCAGUGUAAUUAUGUCACACUUUACCAACAGAGAAGCUGCUCUCAGUGGAGAUAAGUCACAAAACAAGACUUUUUAUAAAGGCUUCUACAACAAGAGUUUUAUAUAUUUUCAAUUUUUAUUUAGAAUAAUUGCACCUAUUUAUGGGGUACAGUGUUACAUUUCAGCACCUGUAAACAGUGUGCAGUGAUCAGAACAAUAAACAUUUCCUUUUCUA